GGCCAGAGCCAAUAUUAUUUUGGUUGUGUAGACCGCAGCACUGUAAGCACCUACCUGUGGGCUUGCUGGGAUAUCGGGCUGUAAAGAGUGGAGUUGGACCGUUUGUUUUUCUGAAAAGGUCAGCAUUCUGAGGGAUUUUUUUGUCCAGGAAAGACAAGAAGAAACACUGGGCUAUCAUUUGGAGGGGCCUACAGCAUGGCUGGAUCUAUACCCUUCUACCAGAAGCACCAUCGCCACUACGACCGUGGCUACCGUAGCUCGGAGGCCGAGUCUAGAAUGAGGCACUACCAGUCCAGCAGCACGUAUUCUGCUGGGACCAGCCUGUCCGCCACCAGCAGGGGGCUUAAGGUGUCUUCCCACUCGGGACUGGAGGAGAAAAGACUAAGCCCCUUACCCAAGCGAUCCAAGCCAUCUUACUUGGCUGUUGACAAAGAGAACCAAAUCAUCGGCUAUGUAGUGCCUAUCUUCAGGGGCAGUCAAGAAUUUGUUACGGGAUUGUCAGACACAGAGGAGGCCAGAGCGAGGGACACGGCUGCAUACAUGGCCCGCAGGGACUUGUUUACCAGUGGUCUGGAGAUGGAGAGGUCAGAGGUGAUUUCCAGGAAGGAGGCCAUGCGCGAGUCGGCUGAACGCAUCUCUCUGAAUAAAAGGAUCCAUGAACACGAGGAACACUUCAAGCGGAUGAACGAAGACAGCCUGAUGCACGCCCCGGAGUUCGUGAUCAAACCUCGCUCCCACACGGUGUGGGAGAAGCAGUGUGUGCGUCUGCACUGCACCGUCAGCGGCUGGCCUGACCCCAGGGUCAUCUGGUACAAAAAUAAUGUGGCAAUUGACCCACUUGCCAGUCCUGGCAAGUUUAAACUGGAGAGCAGAUACAACGUGCACACCAUGGAGAUCAACAAAUGUGACUUUGAUGACACGGCCCAGUAUCGGGUCUCUGCCAUGAACUCCCAAGGAGAGCAGUCUGCAUUUGCCUCCGUCGUUGUCAAACGGUUCAAAGGUGAAAUUGAUGAAACACUGCCACGGCCCAGACUUGGCCCAGUAUCUGAGUACGGCAUCACGUUCCAGAUUCACAUCGUUGAUACGUUUGGCGUGUCAUUCGGAAGAGAGGGGGAGACCAUGAGUCUGGGUUGCACAGUAAUCAUCUACCCAGCUCUUCACCGCUACCAGCCAGAGAUUCAGUGGUACAGAGAUGAUGUGCUGCUGUCUCCAUCUAAAUGGACCCACACGCACUGGAGUGGGGACCGCGCCACACUGACACUCACCCACCUCAACAAGGAGGACGAGGGGCUCUACACUCUGCGCGUCGCCACCAAGUCUGGAUAUGAAACAUACUCGGCCUAUGUGUUUGUCAAAGAUGCAGACGCGGAGGUGGAAGGUGCUCCUGGAGCCCCACUGGACGUGUACUGUCUGGACGCCAACAAGGAUUACAUUAUUGUCGCCUGGAAGCAACCUGCUGUUGAGGGAGGAAACUCCAUUCUGGGCUACUUUGUGGACAGAUGUGAGGUUGGAACCACUCACUGGAUUCAGUGCAAUGACACCCCGGUCAAGUUCGCCCGUUUCCCCGUCACCGGUUUGGUGGAGGGCCGAUCCUAUACCUUCCGAGUCCGAGCUGUCAACAAGAGCGGGAUCAGCCGUCCUUCUCGGGUCUCUGAGCCGGUGGCCGCCAUGGACCCAGCCGACCGUGCCCGCAUGAGAGGCACUUCUGCACCCUGGACUGGACAAAUUAUUGUAACAGAGGAGGAGCCUGCAGAGGGCGUUGUUCCCGGCAAACCUAGUGAGUUGCAAGUGACGGAGGCAACCAAAAACUAUGUGGUCCUGAGCUGGAAGCCUCCUGGAGAGAAGGGCCUUGAAGGAGUCAUGUACUAUGUGGAAAAGUGUGUCUCGGAUACAGACAACUGGCAGAGGGUGAACACGGAGAUCCCUGUGAAGUCUCCCCGCUUCGCCUUGUUUGAUCUCGCCGAGGGAAAGUCCUACCGGUUCCGUGUCCGCUGCUGCAACUCUGCUGGUGUCGGAGAACCGUCCGAGCCAACUGAAGCCAUCACAGUGGGCGACAAGCUCGAUAUCCCAUCUGCUCCAGGAAAAGUUGUUCCCACCAGAAACACGGACACAUCCGUCGUGGUUAGCUGGGAGGCGUCUACGGAUGCCAAAGACUUGGUUGGGUACUACAUUGAGGCCAGCAUAGUGGGGAGCGAUGUGUGGGAGCCCUGCAACAACAAGCCUGUAAAGGGAACAAGGUUCAUCUGCCAUGGGCUGAUUACAGGAGAGCAGUACGUGUUCAGGGUGAGAGCCGUGAACGCCGCAGGACUGAGCCAGUUCUCCCCAAUAUCUGAACCAGUGGAGGUGAAAGCUGCGAUUGCCUCUCCCGCUCCACCCUAUGGCAUCACCAUUCUGGAGUGCGUGCGGGACGCCAUGGUGCUCUCCUGGAAGCAGCCCACCUUCAUCGGAGGCGCUGACAUCACCGGCUACUUCGUGGACUACCGUGAGGUCGUCGACGGCGUGCCGGGGAAGUGGCACGAGGCCAACGUGAAGGCUGUGAGCGAGAGGGCCUACAGGGUGUCGGAGCUGCGUGAAAACAGGAAGUACCAGUUCCAGGUGCGAGCUGCCAACAUGGCGGGCGUCGGGAUCCCGUCGAGGCCCAGCGACACCUUCCUGUGUGAGGAGUGGACCAUCGCUGUGCCAGGACCUCCUCACGAUCUGCAGGUGAGCGAGGUGCGAAGUGACUCCCUGUUGUUGCUAUGGAAACCUCCCGUCUACCAGGGCCGCGACCCGGUGAAUGGUUUCUACGUGGACAUCAAGGAGGGCGAGGCACCGGAGGAGGCCUGGAGGGGAGUCAACACCAAGGCCACCGAGAAGACGUACCUCAAGGUUAAGAAUCUGAAGGAAGGAGAGACGUAUGUGCUGCGAGUGCGUGCUCAGAAUAAAGCCGGCGUGGGCAAAACCUCCGACGUUACAGAGCCGGUUCUAGCUCUGACCAAACCAGGCACCAAGGAGAUACAUGUGGAAGUCGAUGAUGACGGCGUCAUCUCCCUGAACUUUGAGUGCUCGGACAUAACCCCCGACUCCAAGUUCGUUUGGUCCAAGAAUUAUGAAGAAAUCACGGACACCAGUCGCCUGACCAUAGAGACCAAGGGAACCAAGUCCCAAACGGUUUUCAAGAGUCCCGGCGAGGAAGACAUCGGGGUUUACUCGUGUCUCGUCACCCACACUGAUGGUGCUUCAUCCAGCUACACUCUCUCUGAGGAAGAGCUGAAGAGGCUGCUGGAGGUCAGUCACGAGCACAAAUACCCGAUUAUUCCCCUGAAGUCGGAUUUGGCUGUGGAGCUGCAGGAGAAGGGCAAGGUGCGCUUCUGGCUGCAGGCGGAGAAGAUGUCGGCCAACGGAAAAGUGGAUUACGUUUUCAACGACAACGUUCUGUCGCAGGGAGAGAAAUACAAAAUGAACUUUGACAAGAACACCGGUGUGAUCGAGAUGCUCAUGGAGUCUCUGACUCCUGCUGAUGAGGGGACUUACACCUUCCAGCUGAAUGACGGGAAGGCCACGAACCAGUCCAGCUUGGUGCUGAUAGGCGACGUGUUCAAGCAGCUGCAGAAAGAGUCAGAGUUCCAGAGAAAGGAAUGGUUCAGAAAGCAAGGUCCUCACUUUAUCGAGGGCUUGAGUUGGGAGGUAACACCAGAUUGCUGCGUGAUACUCAAGUGCAAGGUUGGCAACAUGAAGAAAGAGACCUCCGCUCUGUGGCACAAAGACGGACAUCAGAUCAAAGCUGACGAGCAUCUUGGCUUCACAGAGGGAGUUCUCAAACUGGAGAUUGCCCAGAUUUCCAGAAAGGAUGCUGGUGUGUAUGAAGUUGUCCUGAAGGAUGAGAGAGGAAAGGACACGUCCACGCUGAAUCUGACAGAUCAAGGUUUCAAAGACUUGAUGAAUGAAGUUUUCAGUUUUAUUGCUAAUUCCUCCACGCCACUGAAGAUCACAAGCACAGAUGAAGGAAUCCGACUCUACACAUUUGUCAGCUUCUACAAUGACUUGCUCCAAGUCACGUGGCACUACAAGGAUUCAGCGAUCUCCUUCUCUGACCGCAUAAAGAGCGGGGUGGUCGGAGAGCAGCUGUGGCUCCAGAUUACAGAGCCCACGGAGAAAGACAUGGGCAAAUACGCCAUAGAGUUUAACGACGGGAAGGGCGGCCUCAGGAGAACCGUGGAGCUCUCCGGUCAAGCAUUCGAUGAUGCUUUCGCAGAAUUCCAGAGGCUCAAAGCUGCAGCAAUUGCAGAGAGAAAUCGUGCUCGAGUGGCGGGAGGUCUGCCUGAUGUGGUGACUAUACAGGAGGGCAAGGCUCUCAAUCUCACGUGCAACAUUUCGGGCAACCCGGUGCCAGAGGUCACCUGGCUGAAGAACGACAGGGAGAUCACCUCCGACGAGCACUGCAUCCUGAAGUUCGAGUCGGGCAAGUUCGCCAGCUUCACCAUCACCGGCGUCAACACGUCGGACUCGGGCAAGUACAGCAUCCUGGUGAAGAACAAGUUCGGCACGGAGAGCGGCGACUUCACCGUAAGUGUGUUCAUCCCAGAGGAAGCCGGCGGCAAGAGAAAGUAAAAGUGGUCCAAGUCUUAUCGUGAAAAACCUGCGAACGGGGCGCACUGGAGGGAUAGGAAGAGCUCGAGGAAGAGUUUGAUGUUUUGUGUUGUUGAGUCUAAAAAGAAACGUGAGAGGUGCUGAAACUGAACUUGAAACUUCCAGCAGUUCUGAGAGAAAAAGUAAAAACAAAAAAAUUGGUCCAACACUAAGAAAUCUGAAAAAAAAUACGGUCAUUUUUGACACUCUACCAAAUCCAGCUAUUACUGGUGCAAUUUCUGUUUGUGUAAAGCUUUAGCAUGCAGAAGAAAGUAUUGGUUUCAAAGGAAUAAAAAAAAUAAACUUCACUUAACAAAAGAAUGAUAACUCCUAAACUGUUUGAAUCCAAUGCUACGACGCUGAAAAUGUUAGUUGAUGUGGAAUGUCUAAUAAAACUUUGAUGUUUUUACAUUUGCUACAGAUUUUGCAUACUUCACUGCUCACCAAGUUUAAAGAAUUAAUAAUUGGAUUCAAGUAUUUCACCUAUUCUAUUAGUUAUCGAUAGUACCUUUGCCAUGACUUCAAACUUUUUUCUUUCUUUUUUUAAAUUUGCUGUCUUAAGCAAACACAAUGCUGGGGCCAGAUCUAUGAUGUGAGAUUUGGGGUACUAAAGAAAAUGCAUUUCAUGGCAACCUUUUCGGGACCUGGUGAUGGUUACUUUGGAAAUUAUUAUACUUGAGAUAAAGUCAAUGCCAGUAAUCCCUUAAAGAGUCUCUGAAUGUGAUGCAGGUCCUAUUAAAACUGAAUAUGACUCUAAGAUAAUCAAACCUGGACUUGAAUCAAGAUGUGAUACUUUUUAAUAUUUGAACAAUCAAAUAACAAAUGUAAGAUUUCCCUAUUUUUUUUUUUUUUUUUUUAAACUUAUUCAUAAAUCAUAAGAAGACUAAAACCGAUAACGGUUCUUCAGCUUAAGGAUUGUUUCCCAAUACUAUAGAAAACAAACAAGCAAAAACAUUUGUGAAAUUCUGCCUGCUCUGUUUCCUCUUUGCUUGUUUUCACAAAAUCCAGGCUUGCAGAAUAAGCACAAUACGAGAAGAAUACGCAUAGGUCAACACUUUUUAUACAGCACACUGAUCUAAUAUCACUUGGACCUUUUUUUAACCCUGAAUAUAACAAAAUUAUUAGCAGAACAUGGUAGUGGGAACAUCAUAACUUUUUUAUCAGGGACAGGAAAGUUCAAAAGCACUUAAUACACUUAUUUUAACAGCUUUUCUCACUAGCAGUGAUAAUGCUGCUUUCAUCCCACAGAGCUUCAAAUAAAAAAAACUGUACGCCUUAAAUAUGACGUUAAUAGUUCAGGCCCCAGCUGGACAUCAGGUUAAAUUUGUUGGUGCGCUUUGAUUGUAAGUAAAACCGGUAGCAAAUGCAUUAAAACAUUAAAACAUGAGUCAUUUCAUUAGAUUGUAUGUUUGGGUUUCAUUGCAUUCACUGCCACUUUAAAUGUGUUACCCUGACAUCACUUUGUCCCACUGUCUCCAGUCAAUAUCCUGUGUCUGCACAUUUCUUUUCUUUUUUUUGAUGAUGAUGAUGAUUCUCACUGCUGUCAUGACAAACCCAUCACCGUCACUGUUAUCACUGAUGAUAGCGGUUAUUGCUCCACUUCCUGUUCCCCUGUCUCCUGACGAAACUAAUAAAUAUCAGCAUGUACAUCCCCA